AUGUCGCCCAAAAAGGCAACCGUCGACAAGAGCACCACCAUCCGUGCUGCUUCUCGAAACAAGCAGCGCUCGCAACCUAAAAUUGCCUCCAGCCCAUUUGGCUCCUCGGCCAACGCAUCGCUUGCCUCGUCACUAUCGUCUCUGUUUUCACCGCAGCCGCAUGGCAAAGAUGCUGCUCUCGCCUCGUUGCUCGCUUCGAGCUCGAAACCACCGGUGAAGCUUGGGCAGGCAUCCGGAUUGGCUGCCUUUGGGUCAUUCUCGCAGCCGCAAACACAAGCAUUGGAUACCUCUGUAGGAAGGAAUCUGGAUGAUCGACUGAAGGAAAAGCGGAAAGAUGUGCAGAGCAAGACAAGUAACGCUUCUGGUCCUGCUAAUUACCAAAAGGAUGGCGCAAAGCAGGAGCCAACACCUUCGAGCAGCACACAUGCUCAACCCGAAAUUCCUCCUUCGCCACCAAAGGAUCGAAUGCAAAAACAUGCGAAAGCCUCGAUCGCAGCCGUUCCUAGGAUUCCAGCCAACCGAAAACCAGUCUUCCGGCCUGUGCUCGCCAGCUCCACCGCGGUGAGCUGGCCCGAAAUGCCUGUAGCUGGAUCCAAGGUGGUGCUUCAUACCCUGUUGGAGAUUCUUGCUGAGUCGGAUGUCGAGCCCAUACUUUUCAGAGAUCUGGGCAGGAGGUCACGACGGUCUUCCAAGACGGCUGAUUCGACCAGCGUCGAGAAGAUGCAUGUCGAUGGUGAAGCGGAGCACGUUGCAUCAGUCCAGGUAUUAGCCGGGAUUAACAGCAUCACACGUGCUAUCGAGGGUGACAUUGCUUACGACUUGGCACAUCUCCAAAGCGAAGCCUCAGCGUCAAAGUCGAAGGAAGAGUCGUUGCUGACCAGCGUUCGAGUCGUGUUCGUUUGUCGACACGACCUACCUCAACCAGCGUUGGUCGCGCACCUACCCAUGUUGGUCACAGCUAGGAAUGCCGUGCUGCAUGCUUGUGGACCUGAUCAAGACCUGGUUGCGCGGGGAGUGUUGCUCUUCGCCCUUCCCUCGGGGUCCGAACGUCUUCUCGCUGACGCACUCAACCUACGACGUGCGUCCAUAAUCGCACUGACCCGCGCAUUCUCAACCCACCAUCUCAUGCAUCUCCUCUCUGUAAUCCAGCGAGAAACCGACUCUCUAUGCUGCUUGAGAGCAAACUGGUUAGAAACUGCCAUUCUUUCCGCCACAUAUACCGCAUCUCCGUCAUUAUUGCUACAACAGCCACCUUCCAUCAAACUGUUACGCACCUCCCAACCGGCAGAUCUCAACGCGUGCAAAGCUGCAAAAAGAACCCGCCGCAAGGAAAGGUCGAGCAGCUGGAAGAAGAAAAAGAUGGCGGCACUGCAACAGGUGAAAAGCCUGAAAGCUGAUUUGGCGCGCUGCAAAGCGAGACAACCGAAAGCCAAUAAGGCAAAGCUAAGAGAGAAGCAUGUCUCAGGCUAA